GGGCCAUACCAAUUUUGCUAUGUGGGCUUCUGGUGAAAAGAAAAUUCCAGGUUUUUAUUACAAACUGAGAUAGACAUGGUCAAAAGGAUCUGCUGAGUUUUAAACUGAGUAUCAGGAUGGGAAAGAAACAUAAUUUAAGAUGUGGCAAGGUUGCUGGUGCCAGACAGGCAGGUCUGAGUAUUUCAGAAACUAUUUCAGAAACUAUUUCAGAAACGAUCUACUGAGAUUAUUCUGUAUAACCAUCUCUAGUUUACAUAGAAGAAAAAGGAUUAAGGAAGGUUAAAAAAGAUUAAAGAAGAAAUGGUCAGACGAGAAAAACGGGACUUCUCUGAGUUGACAGGAAGGCAAAAGCAAUAAGCUUCGUUGAAUCAAUGUAUGCAAAAGAGCGUCUUCUACAGCAGCAGAAGACCACAUCAGGAGAAAUACUUAGCCUGAUGAAUCUCGAUUUUCUGCUGCAACAUUCAGAUAGCAGAGUCAGAAUCUGGCAUAAACAACAUGAAAGGACAGCUCCACCCUCUCUUGAAUCAGUUGUUCAGGCUGCUAGUGGUGGAGGAUAUAUUGUUGAUGCAUGUUGAAUCCGUGAUCAUCGCUUACACCCAUCUUCUGAUGAUGGCUUCCAAUAAUAUAACGCACCAUCUCACAAAGCUGAGAUCAUCUCAAACUGACAAUGGGCUCAUUCACUAAUAAGUGUUUACACAUAAAAUCACUGUUAGAGUCAUGAAAUGUGCACAAAGGUCAAUUCUGUUGGAUAUGUUAGUGAAUGAAACACAUUUAAAAUCCACAGGCUCAUGCUCACUGCCUGCCGUCUGCAUAAUAUCUGCAUGCUACACACCAACAUUUCUCUGUGUGUAAAAAGCAGUGAGUUUUUACAGCUUACAGAAGCCAAAGAUUUCAGGAAAUCCUGUUUGAGCUCUUUAAAACAUUUUUAUAUGAUUUCAAUCACGUUACAUUUGCUGCCAUCAGCAAAAAUGAUCUAUGAAAACAAUGCAGAUGUCAUCACUAGUAGUCAUUAGUCUAGUGUGUAUUUUGAACUAUUUAGAACAGAAGAGCAGUGAAGCGGACUUUUUAAUCCGUGCUUGUUUAGCUUUUUGUUUUGUUUUUUACUUUUUUCACCCGUGCUGUGUGAACAGAGCAAAACAAACAAACAAAAGAAAAACAUCAGGGUCUUUAUUUCAUUUCAUUUUUGAAAUUCCUGCUACACAGUGGUUCAAACAGAGUGGGUGAAUACACACGAGUCAGAAUGAAUGUGCUAAAAGCAGGAGCUGAGACAGCAAACACUUUUAGGCCAUGGAAUUUCUUGCUGUCAAAGAGGAAGGAAAAAUAACAGCAUGAACGUUAGUCAGAGAGGGAAUUAUGCAGAAGCUGAUAUAUAUAAAGAAAAGCUAAAAUCACGCUGUGACUGCGGCAGUUCUACUCAAUAACUCAUUUGGCAUUAUGGCAACAUGCGAGGAGCUCAGCUUUAACGUGGAUCACGGCUACCUGGAGGGUUUGGUUCGAGGAAUGAAAGCUGGGAUUCUGUGUCAGACUGAUUAUCAUAAUCUGGCCCAGUGUGACACACUAGAGGAUAUGAAGCUACACCUUCAGAGCACAGACUACGGUAAACUGCUGUCCUUGUCUGAGGGCGAUUUGACUGUGUCGCUGCUGGACAGCAAGCUGAGGGAGAAUCUGGUGACUGAAUUCAGCUGCCUGCGCUCUAAUGCCCUGCCACCCCUGUCUACCUUCCUUGACUAUAUAAGUUACAGCUACAUGAUCGACAAUGUGGUGAUGCUGAUCACGGGGGCCCUGAAGAACAAAGAUGUGUCAGAGCUGCUCCCACGGUGUCACCCACUGGGAGCGUUUGACCAAAUGGCAGCCGUGGGUAUUGCCCGCACUCCAGCUGAACUGUACUCAGCCAUCCUGGUGGACACACCACUAGGUCAGUUUUUCCAGGAUGCCGUAUCUGAGUGCAGCCUGGAUGAGAUGGAGGCUGAGAUCCUGAGAAACAAACUGUAUAAGGCAUAUUUGCAGUCUUUCCACUCUUUCUGCAAGAGCGUGGGCGGUGCCACAAAGGACGUAAUGUGCCCUGUCCUGGAGUUUGAAGCGGACCGGCGGGCCUUCAUCAUCACCGUGAACUCCUUUGGGACGGAUCUCAGCAGUGCAGACAGGAGUGCGCUGUAUCCAUCCUGUGGCAAACUUUACCCUGGAGGACUGAAACUCCUGGCCCAGGCAGAGGACCAUGAGCAGGUCAAGGCUGUGGCUGACUGCUACCCAGACUAUAAAAUGGUUUUUGAUGACCCUGAGCCUGGAUCAGAUUUUAAGACUCUUGAGGACCGAUUCUUCGAACAAGAGGUGAAGCUGAACAUACUUUCUUUCCUGCAGCAGUUCCACUUUGGAGUAUUUUACUCUUACAUCAAACUUAAGGAGCAGGAGAGUCGGAACAUUGUGUGGAUUGCCGAAUGUGUCACACAAAGACAGAAGUCAAAGAUACACAACUACAUACCCAUCUUCCAAAAGACCAGUUAACUAAGAAACAAGGAUG